UGCGCUGGCGACUAACGUGGCCGGUGCUUUGUUUGUGGGCUGGCGGCGUGUCGAAGUGAGUCGUGACUCGUGAACAAUGCCCGGACACAUUCCCAAUGUCCAAUCGGCAGGCUCAUAUUUAGUCGACCCCCGCGGUCAACUCCUUUUUCCCCUUCGGCGCGUCUUCAGACAUUGCAUCGUUUCACAAUCCUUUGUCUCGAGCACCGCUCUCCACGCUCUUUCCUCACUGGCUUUACUUCUCGACGCUCACUCUUUUGCGUCUUGUCACUCGUUCUUAGACAACAUACAUAUCUCGCAUCCUAAGAUCUCCCGCAGACCUUUUGAACCACCCCCACCAUGAAGUUCAGCACUGUCAUCUCCUCCAUCCUCUGCCUGGCAGCCUCCCAGCUUGUCGCUGCAGAUAUCGACACCACCAGCACCUCAACGGUGACUACCUACAUCACCCAGACCGUGGUCCACGUCGACAAGGUGACACCCACCUCCAGUGUGGUGUCAUCAACCUCUUCGGUGCCAGUCAUCCCGACCAGCCAUGCCAUGUCUAGCAGCAUCCGGGUUGCCAGCUCCAGCUCUAUCGCCGCCAGCUCCUCUGCUCCUGCGUCAUCCUCAGUGGCAGUGCCCUCGAGCGUCUCCAGCGGCAGCGCUGACUCCGCCUCUGCCACCCCCGUCGUCAAGGACUCCGGCGUGGGCAGCAUGGACGCCAAGAUGCCCGUCGCGUUCAUCGCAGGCUCCUUGGCCCUGAUCCUGGGCGCUCUCUAAACCAAGAAGUACUUAAGCUUCUCCAUGAACACCACCGCCAGCUUACCGCAACAUGAAGUCCUCUUCACGCGCAGGAUCCUUGAGAGGGAAACAACCAACUCUUUACUUUCUUUAUCACAUACUUUAUUCUGCUUCUUCCGCCUAUAUUAAUCCUCCUCGGGCAUUGUCCUCGGAUGAUGUACCCACUGAUUAUGGAUUCACAUUAUACCCAUACCCUUAUGAUGUUUCAGAUUGACGAGUUGAUGUUUUGGGG